AUGGUGAUAGAGACAUGGUUUGCGCUUGUUUUUUUUUGCCAUGUGUGUGUGUGUGUGCCCCUCCUCCUGCAUUCGGGACGCACCUCCCUCCCUGCUCCCGCAGCCGGGGACGCACCUCCCCAAAUGCGCACUUGCACACUACCCCACAUGACCACAACACCACAAAAAAAAUAUUGGACAUGCAAACACUAGCCCGUCGUCUUCUCCACCAUGCUAUCAUCACAUCCAUCCCUCAUCUCCGUCAUCUUCACCAGCUUCUGUCCAGUUUUGCACACAACUCAGCCACAGCCUCUCUCAACAAAUCACCCUGUAGCACAUCUCAGGCGUGCCGUGCCGUGCCACUCCUCUUCCCGCACAUGCUAUACCCGUUACAUUUGCUCCGCCCCGCGGCUGCCUGCCCAGAUCAGAGUUCGCAUCAAAAGACGGACGCUCGUUUUUUUCUUCCACCAAAACCAUGUACUUAGACAGUGGUGCCAAGGCCGCUCGCCUACAAUAUCCAUACGGU